UCCCCUUCUCUUCCUCGCCGGCUUCCAUUUCUUACCCAUUUCACUCUCCUGAUCUCCUCCAUUCUCCGACCUUUUGCAAGCAAAUAUGCUUCCUCCCACCAUGACUAAAGCCUAAUCAUUUCUCUCUCCAUCCAUCUCUUGUUCGAGCAGUCUUUCUCUUCCGUGCUGUUUACUCUCAUCAAUUAUGGCGACGCCGAAACCCCAGAGUUCCCCCGAAGAAAUCGAGGACAUAAUCCUCCGCAAAAUCCUUCUAGUCACGCUCGCUACUCCUGCCCAUGGCGCCGAUCCCAGAAUCAUUUACUUGGAGAUGACCGCUGCCGAGAUUCUCAGCGAAGGUAAAGACUUGAGGCUUAAUUGCGAUGUGGUAGAAAGGGUGCUAAUUGAUCGCUUGUCCGGCGAUUUCCCUGAUGCCGAAGCUGCGUUUGCUUACCUACUCGGAUGUUAUCGCCGGGCUGUUGAUGAACUGAAGAAGGUCGCCAACAUGAAGGACAAAACCGUCAAAUCUCAGGUGGAGGUGUCCAUCAAGCAGGCUAAGAAGCUAUUCGUUAAUGAGUAACCAUAUUUGCGUAGCAGCCCAGGAUGUUGGACUCGUUUGAGUCCUGGAGUGAAAUUAGAAGUCUCGUAAGCGUUAGCGGAAUUGUUAAAAGCUUAUUUUUUUCGACAACGAGUGGGAAACUCUCUUCUAUAUUGAUCAGGGUUGAGAAUGGUUUGAUCAGUUAAAUCGUUAUUUAGCUCAAACCUUGAGGACAAGGUUUAUUAAAGGGUCGGGGAGGAUUGUUACGUGAUUUCCUUUUUUCCUACCAUUAUUAUCACCAUCACUAUUAGAGUAUGUAUGUGUUUGUUGCAGAAAAAAACAUACUGUAAACCUCCUAAUGCAAUAAAACAACCCACAAAAAAUAUACCGGAAACCUCCUAAUGCAAACCACAAAUUCGCUAAAACAUAUCAGAAACUCCACAAAGCAAACCAUAAAUAUUUUGAAAAGCACACCAGAAACCCCCUAAUGCAAACCACAAACACGGUAAAGCAAACCAAAAACGUCCUAAUGCAGACCACAAAUAUAUUAAAGCAAACCAGAAAUCUCGCAAAGCAAACCACAAAAGUUUCGAAAGCACACCAGAAACUUCUUAAUGCAAACCAGAAACCUCCUAAUGCAUACCACAAAUCUCCUAAAACAAACCACAAACCUCACAAAGCAAACCACAACAUUUGCGAAAGCACACAAGAAACCUCUUAAUGCAAACCACAAACACAGUAAAUCAAACCACAAAAAAAGCAAACCAUAAACGUCCUAAUGCAAACCACAAAUAUAUUAAAACAAACCAGAAACCUCACAAUGCAAACCACAAAGUUUUUGAAAGCAAACCAGAAACUUCUCAAUGCAAACCACAAACACGAUAAAGCAAACCACAAAAGGCAUAAAAAAUAUGAGAAACCAAACCAUAAAUCGCACAAUGCUAACCAUAACAUUCGGUGAUCGUUGACCGUUGACCGGUCAACGAAGACCGUUGACCGAACUCCGAUGACCGUCAGUGACCGGAUUCCGGCACUGAUAGGCAUAUUCCGGCCCCGAUGACUAGAUUCUGACGCCAGUAAGCAUAUUCCGACGUCGGUAAGCAUAUUCCGGCGACGAUGAGCAUAUUCCGGCGACGGUGAGCAUAUUCCGACACCGGUAAGCAUAUUCCGGCGACAAAAACAUAUUCCGGCGACAAAAAGCAUAUUCCGGUGACCGACGACCACUUUCCGGCGACCAAAUUUUUGGGCAUAAAAUAAUAAUUUUUUUAUUUAUUAUUUAAACAGAUUUUUCAUAAUGACAAUUAUACCCCUGCUUUGAUUUUACACUAGGUCAACUCAAUUAAUAAAAAGUCAUUACAUCUCUACCUUCCUAUUGGUGGAAGACUUGUGUUGUCACUAUAACAACACAAGGGGUGUUGUCAUAGUAACCUAUCCCAUGCGGAAGGUAUGUAUUGUAUCAUCAUCUUCUAUGUAUCUGUUUAGUUUAGUUCAAUUGAUCGUGUAAUUUGAUUGGUAUUUAAGUUUUUCCUCUGUAUUUCACGUGGCAGCAUGAGAUUUUACCUGCAUAAUUGAUUUCCCGGAUAGCUUCUCUUAAGUAAGUUUUCUUCAUGGUACUCUUGUUUGCCGUCCUUUCAAUUUUUGAAUUUAAUUUAAGGGGUUGCAUUCCGUUUUUGCUGUAAAAUGAUGAUAAUGUAGGCAUGGGGGCACUUGUAAAGUAUUGAAGAACUUGCUCAAGCAUAAAUUGGUGCACCAUGACUCCUCAAAAUGUGAGCUUUAGUCCUUAUGGUUCUUCAUUGGAUGUUUAUCUGGGUUCAACAAUGGGUUCCGGCUUACCUAUCUUGGGUACGAUUUCCUCGCGAUUAGAACCUUGGUCAAUCGAGGAGUCAUCGCAUCUGUUGGCCGUCAAAUUGGGGUUGGAAAAGAGUCUGGUAAGUUAUGAAAUGUUUGUUUCUGUGACUUUAUGGUGGAAAGAAAUGCUUUUUUUGUUCCAUUUUAGUUUGAUUUCAGUCGUACAAUGAGAAUAUCUUGUUGAAAUUUUGUUUGACCUUCGUCUGGCACAGAUAUCUUUGAAGUGACUAUAGAGGAUGGUACAGUUUUGGCUAUGAAGCUGCACAGACUUGGUAGAACUUCUUUCAAGGCUAUGAAAUCGAAGCGUGAUUACCUGAGACAUCGAAGUAGUUUUAGUUGGCUCUAUUUUCCUCGACUCGCAACACUCAAGGAGUUUGCUUUUAUGAAGGUUAGGAGGUGUCAUGGUGCAGACUUGGGUUGUUCUUUUGUUAUAUUGCUUCUGACAAGGUUUUAUUGCUGGGACAGGCUCUGGAAGAUCAUUGUUUUCCUGUUCUGAAAGCUGUGGAUUGUAAUAGACACUAUGUGAUUAUGUCCCUUGUUCAAGGCUACUCAUUGUAAGUACUGCACUUGUUUAUGCAUUAGCUGCAACUCUAGAAUCAAGAAUAACGUUAUAUCCUUUAGGUUGUUUGCUGCCAGUGAGGAAAUUGCAGAAUCCAGAAGUUGUUUUUGAAAUAGUUCUCGGUCUUAUCGUUCGUCUGGCAGAACACGGGCUCAUUCAUUGUGACUUCAAUGAAUUUAAUAUUAUGGUACGUUAUACGGGUCUCAGACAUGAGUAAACUUACAUGUCUUACUUUCAACUUGCUGUCAUUGAAACAUGUUACUGUGUCAUUUGUAGAUUGAUGAUGAUGAAAAGGAGACCAUGAUUGAUUUUCCCCAGAUGGUAUCUAUGUCUCAUCGAAACGCACAAAUGUGAGCUAUUGCUUUCUCUCUUCUUUUUUAUGAUAUCUUUUAGUUUUGUUCAGUGUUAAAUGUUCAAUUCGUUUCUCAAAUGUUCUGCAGGUUCUUCGACCGUGGUGUUGAAUGCAUCUAUAAGUUCUUUGCCAAGAAGUCAGUCUAAAUUUUGAUUCAAGCAUAUUCAGAAGCCAGCCCUCUCAUCUCUUUAAUAUUUCAGUAUGACCUUAAUGUAGAGUUGUGACGGUUUUCCUAUAUCUUCUUGGAUUCUUUUCCCCUUCUAUCAUUAGUUUAAAACAUGCCCCUCUCUAUAGAGUUGAUUAAUGUUUGAGCUGGUUGAAACAUCAUAUACUAAUUUGACAUUCUAUUCGUGAACUUUUCACCUUAGUCUGCUUGGCUCGUACCCUAGAAGUCGACUCAUAUGUGCUGUAGCUAGAGAUUCUAACCGGAUUUUCCAUAUGUAGGUACAACCUCUCUUUUCAGGAUGAUGUCGAUGAUAAGAAUUCUGCAGAGUAAGACAUUGACGAAGCUGGGAGACCUUCGUUUUCCUUGAUUUCUAAGUCUUCUGGUUGUCUCGAUAAGGAACUUGCUCCUAGUGGAUUCACACGGAAGGAUCAAGAUAAUAUGGAGAAGGUAUGAAUUAGGUGUUUUUCCUAGUAAAACAUUUACAUCCUUGGUUCUUUAUCUCCUAUCCAUACCAAUCAAUCUGUGGAUUAACAAAUUAGUUUCUUUCAAAUAUCAAUGAAGUUAUGCUUGGAUU